GGAGGAAAGCCUUGUAGUAUUUGUCCGAGUUGAAAUUUGAUUCACAAGUUCAGAAUCCGUGCGAGACAAAAAGCGACGAGGCGAGGGGGAGGGAAGAAACACACGACAAUUACGCACGGAGGAUCGCUUUUAAAACGCAAAGGCUGAGUGACCAUGAGCUCAGGCCGGCAGCUCUCCCCCCCUCCCCUUCACCCAAACCCUCCUCCGAAGGCCAAGGAGCUAGAGAGCAUGAAGGAGUCCAUCAGUGACAUCAUCAACCAGCUGCAGGACAUCGACCCGUCACGCCUGUCCUUCUCGCCCUUCCUGGACCUGGACACACAGAUCGUCCUGGCCCCGGUGUCCGACAGCCCCGAGUCUUCUGUGGAGGAGCUACACUCGCCCUGCUGCUCCGUGUCCGGGUCUACGCCCUCUCUGGAGCCUGUCCCCAACAACCACCACAAGAGUUUACCCCGAAACUACCAGCGCCCCAUUAACAACAACACUCUCCCAAAGAGCCCCCCACCAGAGGAGCCCCACUCGGCCCACCCGCGUGCACCCCCUGUCAGCCCCGCCCCCUCCACAGAGAACUGCACCUCCACCCCCCGACAGGACCCUCUCCCUAACGGAACGGACCCAGGCAGGUGGAGCCCAGAGCCCUCCACCCGCCUAGAUGGCCCCAGUGACGACUCCACACGCCCCCUCAUCAGCCCACCUCCCGAGAGCGUAGAGCUGAGCAUGUGGACCUCUCAGGCUCCCAUAGAGCCGUGUCCAGCCCCAGAGGAGGGCACAGGCGCAGACAGUGUGCGGGGCUGCUGUUGGCGCUGUGCGUGCUGCCGUAGAGGCCGUGUCCCGGCUCUCCUCUCUGUGCUGGGCUCCCUGCUCUGCUCUGUGGGGGUCAUGUAUGCUCUGUACUUCCACGUGCCCCUGAAGCCGCCCCGCUUCUCUGACGUCACCAGCCGAAUGGUGUUCACCUUAUGCUGCUGUGCCGUGGCCUCUGUGCCCAUCCUGCUGGCCAUGAUGGUGGGGGCUCUGUGCCAGUUCUGUAGUGGUUCUCUGGACCUCCAUGACCCAUCCUCCACACGCCGCUCUCUGCAGCAGACCUUCAUCAGCUCCUCCCUGGAGCUGCUCCUGCUCUAUGGCCUCAAUAUGCUCAUCCUCUCUGCCCUCCUGCCCCACGAGUAUCUCAUGAUCGUGCCUGUCAUGGCUGUCAUGUUUGUGCUGGGACGCCUGGUGUACUGGGUGAGUCUGAACAUGUGCAGCCCCUGGAGAGGCUUCGGCUCUGGGCUCACUGUGUUCCCUUUGCUCGCCUCUGUGGCCCUUAACCUGUUCCUCAUGUACAACACCCUCCAAACCAAGCAGGCCUUCUUCGGAUCAUAGGCGCCGGGAAUACAGCCGACUCAUCCGACCAGGAGAGGGCAACGUAUGGGAAAACUCUGCCGCUUCAACCCCACCAGGAUAAAGCCUAAUGAAGGGACUGAAAAAUGGUGAAUUUGUUUGGGGGUAAUAUGUACCCAGAGCCUGAUGGUGGUGAAGAGGAGAUGGAGAGGCUGAGGGGGGGAGGGGUGGUUCUGCUGCUGCGGUGGAGAAAAUGGAGCGUAAUGUUGAACGGGAGAGAGAGUGUGUAUGUGAAUGGUUUGAAAGGGCUGCACAAUAUGAGAUAAAAUAUAUUUCAUAACUACGUUUGGUAAAUUCUGUAUAUUUUCAGUUCAGUAAAAUGUAUUUACUGGUCAAACUGUCAAAAUAAAAACAUCAGAGAGACGAAAACAAGACCAAAACCAAGCACUAUUAAAGGAACUGUAAGAUUGUGAUUGUAAAUUUCAUAAACUUGACCUAUUUGUGUCCCAAAUACAAGGUAAACAUGUUCAAAUCAAAUAUAGCUUUGACUGAUAACAAUUGUAAUGCUGAUUUAGUCUUAAAAACAUUGGGCAUGAUGGUUGUUUAUGUUAUAAUUUGAUGUUUUGGUUCAAUCAGAGAGUCCAAACUUUAAUCUCUCUCAUCUGAAUUGUCACUAUCCAAACCCCAGCACCUGCAGCCAAUGAUUAAUCAGUGCUAGUGCAGCCUCUGGAGCUCAGUGAGUAAAUUCUGGAGGUUCUGAGCUUUAACAUGAAGCAUAUCCUGUCCAUAUACUGAGAAUGAGGAAAACUACAUGUGUCUCUAUCUGUAGGUUAAGACACUGGCAACUCAGGUUCAGUUGUGAUAGUAAUACCAUUUUUAAAACAUUAAGAACACAGGCUACAUACAGUUUCUUUAAAAAAUCUGUCUUAUUUUCCAAAAAAAAUGAAAAACCCCUUUCGGAUAAAGAAACUUAACAUAAUAGCAACAUAUUUAGUUUCUUGCGAUAUAAAGAAGAUAUUACACUAUUUGCUGAUCAGUGUUGUCACAAUACUAAAACUUCAAACUCGAUAACUCAAACUCACUACUAAGACAUAGACUUGAUACUCAAUACUGAUUCCAAUACCAUGAUUAUAAAAAGCAUUCUUCCUUUAAACAAUAGAAUGUGAUUUUCAACAUUAUAUCGUAGUACUUUCUUUUAUAUCUGUGUAAUUCCUCAGUCGUCCAGGUAGAUUCCAUAGUGGUCCAUGGGUGUGUACAAGUCUAUGUGUCUUAUACUCCUUCUGAUACAGCUCAAGGUCAUCCUAAAGCUGUGCAGAAAAGGUUCAUUUCUGUCCUGUGAAUGUGACUUUUUUAGUAUCGAUACCUGCUCAAAUGAGUAUCUAGUUUCAAUAUUAGUUUUAGCAUCGAUUAGUAUCUGAUUUUUGAUACUUUUAACAACCAUAAUGCUGUUAGUCAUAUUUUGUGUUAUAUUGUGCAGCUCUAGUUGAAAGAUAUUUGUCUGUGAUGUCAAACAAGGAAGAAACUGAGUCUUCUAGCUUUAGACCUGUUUCUGACCCGGCCUGGAUUGGACUCUAAGCGGAUUGUAACCGGGCCGAGAGGGGUUUUUAUGCUGUUGUUAUUUCCAAUGGGUACAGCAGAAAUAGCCCAUUCCUGUGGUCUGGGCUCUCCACAUGCUGGGCUGUUUUUAUGUGGACUCAUGCUAAUUAUCUGCGAUGCACAAGCUAGCUGUCUGCGAACCAUGCUGUAGUCUUAGUAAGCUAUUCAAGUGCCUUUAUUUAAUGAAACAAAGUACUUACAGCUCUGUGGUAUGAAUACAUGGAUUUGGCUUGACCUUAAAGGAGAAGUAAUUGACCCUUAGUUGUUUUAAAGACCCUGCGCAUGAUUUUUUUUUUUUGGGUGUAUUUGAGCAAAAUGGUGUCUUGACCCAGUGCAGACAUAUUGCAUAAGCAGCUCUUGAGGUCAAAAUAAGUUUCACUGUCCGCAAAUCAGAAAGUGCACUGUUAGCAUGCUAGUUGCUCUUAGCAUUCCUGUGAGAGUUGUGAAAAGCGCUUAUAAAUUCUACACAGUGAAUAAUUAGGAUGUUCAGAUCGCAUAAGGUAAGUGAGAACUCUGGACCACUGCAAACCGUUUAAAAUGAACUAUGAACUUCUGUUUUUCACGUUUUUAAGACAGUAAAGAUCAGGUACGGCGCCUUUAAGUUAUGAGGAUCAACUUUUAAUAUUUUUUAAAGUUCUUUUCUUGUCAGGAAGGGAUUUAGUGUCUUGCCCAAGGGUGAUUUGACAUAAGGGUGAGCAGGUAUCAAACCAUCAACCUUUUUAUUUUUUGGACAAUCUACGUCACUGUUAACAUGUGCCAUAUUUUCAAUUUUUUAAAAUUUACUUCUCCUUUAUAAAACAAGACGAGAUUAAUUUUUUUAAUAUGUUUUUUGUCUGUACAUUGUAAAAAAUAAAAUAAAUUUGCUGUCAAUCGC